CGGCGCUGCCGCCUCCACGGCCGGGAGGAGCGGCCAGGCCGGGCUGGGCCGGGCGGAGCGCUCCCCGGGCGGCUGUGCCGGCGUAGAGGGAGGCGAAGGGUCUGGUCCCACCGCCGUCCUUCGCUCUCUGGAGAGGGACAAAUGGAGGCUCAGUGGCGUCAGGGUGGCCGGGGCCGCGGCCGCGGCAGGCCCGGGGACGAGCUCGCCGCUCGCUCUGGGGCGGCCGCCCGGCCCCCGGCCGCUCGGGGCCGCGGCGGUGCCCGCGCUGCGGCAGCGGGGCCCAUCGGUGACAGAGCCAACGAAUUAUCUUCACUGAAGAAAUUUGAUGAAAUUAAGAGGGCUAAUCAGGCUGCAGCAAAAAAGCUAGUUGAAGACCAAUUAAGCUCCUCAUCUGAAGAUGAUGAUGAUGAUGCUGAAGCAAAACAAGGGAAGAUUUUGGACAAAACAUUUACCAUUUACACCAGUCAAACUGAUGGAGAUGCAAGUGAACUGGAACGUACAAGACAGUACAUGAAUGAGGCUUUUCAGUCAGGGGCCAUGACAUGUCUCAUCUGCAUUGCUUCAGUUAAAAGGAACCAAGCUGUCUGGAGCUGUUGUGGAUGCUUUUGUAUAUUUCAUCUGGUGUGUAUCCAAAAGUGGGCCAAGGACAGCCUCUUCCUUGUAUCUUCUCCUCUGACAGAUGAUGAUUUUGGGAAGAAAGACUAUCCCUGGCCAUGUCCAAAAUGUAGGUUUGAAUACAAACGCUCUGAAACUCCCAGUAGGUAUUACUGUUACUGUGGAAAAGUGGAGAAUCCAGAGGUGGACCCAUGGCUGGUACCUCACUCCUGUGGUCAAAUAUGUGAGAGGGAAUUCAAACCUUCCUGUGGUCAUAAAUGUUUGCUGCUUUGUCAUCCAGGACCGUGUCCACCUUGCCCAAAGAUGGUCACAACAACGUGUCACUGUAAGAAAGCCAAAGCAGUGCCCCGACGGUGCAGUGCCAAGGAGUGGUCUUGCCGCCUGCCAUGUGGGCGAACACUGCUGUGUGGACAACAUGUUUGUGAGAAUCCCUGUCAUGCAGGAGAUUGUCAGCCUUGUCCACGUGUCAGUAAACAACGGUGUAUCUGUGGCCGACAGACAGCAGAGAGGCUUUGUGCAAGCCCUCAGUGGCAGUGUGAUCAGGUGUGUGGGAAGUGUUUGCCAUGUGGCAAUCACACAUGUGAACAAGUUUGUCAUGCUGGUCCCUGUGGAGACUGUCCUCGUUCUGGGAAAAGGUCCUGUCCAUGUGGAAAAACAAAGUUUACAUUGCCUUGUACAGAAGAUGUGCCCACCUGUGGUGAUAGUUGUGACAAAGUUCUGGAAUGUGGCAUCCAUAAAUGUUCACAGCGCUGUCAUCGGGGUCCCUGUGAAAUAUGCAGACAGGAGGUUGAAAAGCAGUGUCGCUGUGGGAAGCACACCAAGCGCAUGCCGUGCCAUAAGCCAUACCUGUGUGAAACCAAGUGCACUAAAAUCCGUGAUUGUCAGAAGCACCAGUGCCGCAGGAAGUGCUGUUCUGGAAACUGUCCACCUUGUGAUCAAGUCUGCGGGCGGACUCUCGGCUGCAGAAAUCACAAAUGCCCUUCAGGCUGCCACAGAGGUAGUUGCAAUCCAUGUCCAGAGACUGUAGAUGUGAAAUGCAGUUGUGGAAAAACUGUCAUCAAAGUGCCCUGUGGCAGAGAGCGCACCAUCAAACCUCCCAAGUGCAAGCAGCUGUGCAGUCGGCCACCUACCUGUCACCAUCCUACCCAGGAGAAACACUACUGUCACUUUGGGCGGUGCCCUCCGUGUCGCCAGCCCUGCCAGAAAACCUUAACCUGUGGCCAUUUGUGCCCUGUUUCCUGCCACGACGAGGCACUUGUGAAGCAAACUGGCUCACAUCAGUCUGCAGGGCCUUGGGAACAGCCGUCUGAGCCAGUCUUCAUUCAGACUGCACUCCCGUGCCCUCCCUGUGAGGUUCCUAUACCAGUGGAGUGUCUUGGACAGCAUGAGGUUAGUCCAUUACCAUGUCACUCUGCAAAUCCCUACUCAUGUAAGAGAUUUUGUGGGCGGCUUCUUGAUUGUCAGAAUCAUACCUGUAUGAAAGAAUGCCAUUGUGUUACUAAAUCCAACAGUGGUGCAGAUGGAAAGAAGGCGGGUCCAGAAUGCUCACAGUGUGAAGAGGAGUGCACCAAGCCCCGGCCAGCUGGCUGUCCUCACCGAUGUGUUUUGCCCUGUCAUCCUGGGGAUUGCCCAUCAUGUCUCCAGAUGCUUAAAAUAAAGUGUCACUGCAAACUAUCAGUACUGUAUAUUGAAUGCUUAAAACUAACACAUGCUGAUGUAAAAGAAAAGGAGCUUCUUAUUUCCUGCAGAAAUCAGUGUCCAAAAGAGCUGCCCUGUGGUCACCGGUGUAAAGAGAUUUGCCAUUCAGGUAGCUGUCCUCUUAACUGCAGCCAGAAGGUCAAACUCCGAUGUCUCUGUAAGAGACUGAAAAAGGAAGUGCAGUGCAGCAAGAUACAAGAAGGCCAAGUUUCACUGGAAUGUGAUGCAUUAUGCAAGGAAAUGAAGCGGAAAGCACAUGAGAUAAAAGAAGCAGAAGCAAAAGCUGCUCUUGAAGAGAAGAAGCGAAGACAACAGGCUGAACUGGAAGCUUUUGAAAACAGAUUAAAAGGGCGAAGAAAGAAUAAGAGAAGAAAGGAUGAGGUAGAAGUUGAACAAUCAUCGUGGCAAAAGUACAAGAACUUCAUUAUGCUGCCAGUGUUCGGAGUUGCUGUUGUGAUGGUUGCAUGGCUCAUGGUCUACAAUGACUGAAAACAACACAAUAUUUCAUAUACCUCAGUUGGACUUUAGGUAGCUAUUAUUCCUACAACGUUAGUCUGUGAGUAACAGAACUUAAUAAGCAUAGAUUAUGUAUGUAUACUCUUUGCUAAGAAAAACGUAGAGGAGAAAAGGAAUGUCACCUUUUGUGUUAUUACAUUCACAGCACAAAACUGAAGUCAGACACCAAAAGUAAUAGUAGAUUCUAGUCUACACUGAAGUGUUGAUAGUUUGACUGGGAUUUGUUAACAUCUCUUCUAUUAUUCUGUUAUUUUUCCUUGUCUCCAUUUCAUAAUAUUAAGAAUAGCUUAGUAUAAAAUGGUUUAUUGAAUAUAUGUUUCCUGUAAAAUCAGCUUAGCUGUUUAUUGAAGGUUAGUGUUCUUAUGCUCAUCUUUAUUGUAUCACACAAUAAUUCUAUGCUUCACACCAGUUUUAAUUAUGGCAACUAACAGGGAACCUGGGGUCACUUAGGCUUGCGUAUUCUGGGGACUUGUUCAGAGCUUUGUUAGAUAAAGGAAAUGUAAACUAUCUUUCAAUUCAGCUGUAUCACAAACAAAACAGUGCCCUUCCCCCCUUACAAACGGUGGGGUUUGCUUUUUUGUUGUUUCACCCUGCCCCUUCCCACCCUUGUUUCCUCAAAAUUGAACUAACUGAAAAGUUCCUUUAGUGGACAGAUGCAUAUGCGGAACAUGGAUGUCAAGAAGUUUCAGGCUACAAGGCUGCAUUCUCACUGUUGCCCCAACUGCCAGCAGCAGAAAAACAAUUUGAAAUUAAACUUAAGAGUAUCAAUUGACUAUUCGUAUGGAUAAAUGUCAGAGUUGGAUAUUUGCACAGGUGUGCAAAAAUGUAAUUGGGCAGUGUAACAAUACAGUAAUAUGAUGUUCUGAAGCCGCUUGAUGCUUGGUAGUCACAUUUAAACCUUCUAGCUAAACUUCCAAAUGUUUAAAUAUUUUCUUCCUGACACUUGUGAAUACCUUGCUUUAGGUUAUCAGUAUUGGUGGGUAGAACUGGAAGGUUUUUAUCUGGCUUCAGGAUUAUCAGAGAGGCUAUGUAGUCUCAGCUGAGAGACUGCAAGUUCAGUUCAGGAAUGGGGAAAUGAGAAAGCUGAAUUUUCAAACCUCUGCUAGAAACUUUUUGCUGAUACUUGAGCAUUGCAGGUUACUGCAAAGUGAUUACAAGCUCCUGCAAAAAAUGGGGUGCAUGGCCAACAGGUAUUAGUAUUAUACCCUUGUAAUUCAGGCAUAUAAUUUAAUCACAAAUCCUACAAAAGCAGUGGGACCAUAUGUAUGAGUUAGCAGAAAACAUUGCAGUUUGCUUGAAAGCUCUUUUGGUUGAUUUUGACUUAAUUGUGAAGGGACCCAGUAUUAAUUUGAACAGAUAUCCAAUUGUAAUUCUGAUUCAGCAGCAAGAGAAUAAAAUAGAAAAGCUGCAAAAAGGCAGAAGCUUUUGAUUACAUAGGUUAAGAAAACAGAUAAAAUUAGUUUCUUUUCAGUUUUUCACAGAAGUUUGGUGAAUGAGGAGAAAGGUAGGGAAAACUUGGCAAUAUUUAGCAUGGAUUGAUGCUAUUCUAUAGUACUUUGGUUGUAAAUUAAAUUUUAGAGAUGCAUAUUACUUAUGUGUCAGACCAUUAGUAUUUAAAGCUGUAGAAUUAAUUGAAAUUGCACUGUGCAAAAUGGCAUCUCCGUUGAAUUUCUUAUUUGUCAAGUAUAAAAGGUAAACAUUGUUUCAUAUUGUUGCUUUAACUUUUUUCUAUCAUAUUAAUGCUUGGAAGAUAAUUUCAGAUAUGUUUAACAAGAGUGAGGUGAUGCUAUUCUAUUGUGACUGCAUAUGUCAGUAACUUUUCUGUCACUAAGGAAAAAGGAGAGGUAUUUUUGUUCAGAUGAAGUAAAAUGUGAUGGUUUAUCCAAAGGUACAAAAAUAUAUCAUUCUGGCUGAAAUAUGGAAAUCAACAUGAAUGAGAACUUUGUGGAAACAGCUUUUAUCUUGUAUGACUAUCACUAAUUUUUUUUAUUUACUGCUAGCUUUAAAAUAAUUAAAAUGGAAAGUUUAUCCUUGCUUCUACAGCAAAGAGAAGAAACCUCUCUCUAGUGAGUUAUACUAAUUAAAUGCAGUUACUAGAUGUUUGAAGAAGUUCUUAGUAUUCUUUUCUGCAUAUUUGUGGGAAAUACUGGAGAGGAAGAGGCUUCUCAUUGAUCAUCUUCAUUAAAGAUUGCCAUGAUUUUUUACUAUACAAAUUCAUUCUGUUCAUAGAAAGGUGUGUGUGAGUGGGCGUAUUCCCUUUCUUAAAGGAUUUGUAUCUCUUCUGAAUCUUGCAUAUGCAAGGCAUACCUAUUUUUGAAAUUUUAUUCAAAAUAGUUCUGUAUAUCUUAUCCAACCAUCUGAGUCAUUUGCACUCUGUUGGUCUGCCUGCUGAACCAGAUAUUUAUUUCUUGGCAUAAAAAAAGUAUGGGGGUUCAAGCAAUCUGCAGUUUAAUAAAUCAGUAUGUUUUUGUUUGUUUCUUUAAAAUAUUUUUACAGUUAAUAUUUUGUCUUUCUUUGGUUGGAGCUCCGUGUUGUCAACAACCUUUGAAGGAAAAGAUACAGAUAAAAUCACCUUUUAUUCAAUAUUAAUGAAAGAUGGUAAUUUUAGAAAAGAAAUUUUGAACUGAAUGUAGGGUUUGGUAGCAAUUUCUAUGUAAUGUGCUGUUACAUAAUGUAAUGAGCAAAUAUUUUUAAUGUUAACAGCUUACAAAAAAAUGCAUAUUGAUCAGUAUACAUUAAAACAAAUUAUGUAAUCAGACCUGCUGUUGAAGGGAAAUUACAGUAAUAGAAGCCUGAUGAUGACUUAACAUGAAGAAUAUUUAGGUAUGUGUAAAAUGAAAAAACUUGUGGCUUUUCCUGAUUCUGGAUGCAUUGUGAUGAAAAUGUAUCCUUCCAUUGAGCCAAGGUUUUUACAUCUGUUCAGUAUGUUUGAGAUUGGAAACUCCUAGGGCAAGUUUUUUCCCUGUAACAGUAUCAAUCCAUUGUGUGUGUUAAUUUAAUGUAAAAACCAAGUCAGACAAUAAAUAUAUCAAAAACAACUUGAAAA